GUGAAAGUUGUAGAGAGAGAGAGAGGAACAAAGGAAAGAAUACAAAACAGAGCUAGAAAAAAACACACAUACAGAGCUUCUCUUUAGCUUCGGUGUUUCCGUCCCCAGCUUUUUGGUACAGUCCAGUCCAAAUGUGGCGGAGAAUCUCUCGCUCACUUGCACCGCUUGGCACCGAAAUGGGUAGAUUCGCUUUCAGGUUUAUGGGGUUUUGAUUCAGUGUUUGGUUGAUGUUUUUGAUAUGUACUUUUUUUAUUGGGGUUCUUGUGUAGAUAUGAUCUUGUACUGAGUCUGAAAGCUCUGUUAUUCAGUUGUGUCUGAACUUUGGAAUAAAACGUGUUUAAGGAUUUUGUGGAAGUUUAUAUAGAUAUUUACGAAGUGGUGGGUCUGAAGAAAAAUGGGUGACAGUAGGGAAGCUAAUAGUGAUAUGAUACAAAGAUUACAAUCGUCGUUUGGAACUUCAUCGUCUUCGUUCCCGAAACAAACCAUUUCAAUGAACCAACUAGACAUACCUCAAUUGAAUACUUCACAACUUCGGGCUCAAAUGCGACAAUUUUCACCGAGUUUCAAUGGUGAUAGUGGUAAGAGAGUCGGUAUACCGCCGUCUCAUCCGCAAAUCCCACCUAUUUCGCCUUAUUCGCAGAUCCCAGUAAACAGGCCAGUGAAUCAGCAAAUGGGUUUGCAGAAUUUUAGUAGUCCAGGGCCGUCCCAUUCCCGAUCUUUAUCGCAACCAUCAUUUUUCUCGCUUGAUUCAUUGCCUCCGUUAAGCCCGUCUCCCUAUAGGGAUUCCCCAUCAGCUUCCAUUUCAGACCCCAUAUUAGCUGAUGCGUCAAUGGAGGAUCGGGAUGCGAGUUCACACUCAGUUUUACCGCCAUCACCUUUCACUAGGGGUAAUUCUUCAAGAGUAGGGGAGAGUCUUCCUCCUCGCAAAGCACAUCGGAGGUCUAAUAGUGAUAUCCCCUUUGGUUUUUCUACUAUCAUGCAAUCUUCGCCGCCACUUAUCCCUAUAAGAGGUCCGGGUGGUCUGGAGCGUUCAACAUCUGCUAGAGAUAAUUCGGGUGCUGAGCCGGUGCAGUUGGUUAAACAGGAAUUGAUCUGGGAUAGAGGUGGUGAGUGCAAUGCAGAAGGGAUGGGCGAGAGGAAAUCUGAAGGGGAAGUUGUAGAUGAUCUGUUUUCUGCGUAUAUGAAUUUGAAUAACAUUGAUGCAUUGAACUGUUCUGGGACUGAUGAGAAGCAAGGUAAUGAGAAUCGUGAUGAUUUGGAUAGUAGAGCCAGUGUCACAAAGACAAAUGGAGGUGAUAGCAGUGAUAAUGAGGCAACAAGCAGUGUAAAUGAAAGUGGCAACAGUAUGCAGAGACCAGUAAUUUCUUCUUCAAUUGAGAAGAGGGAAGGGAUCAAAAGGAAUGCUGGGGAAGACAUUGCCCCGACCACAAGACACUAUCGAAGUGUUUCUAUGGAUAGUUUUAUGGGGAGUAUGAACUUUGGUGAUGAGUCGCCAAAACUUCCUCCUUCACCAGGACCACACCCUGGACAGCUCUCGCCAAGCAAUUCAAUUGAUGCAAAUUCAAACACUUUUAACUUGGAGUUUGGGAAUGGUGAAUUUAGUGGGGCUGAACUCAAGAAAAUUAUGGCAAAUGAGAAACUUGCUGAGAUAGCCUUAACUGAUCCCAAGCGGGCCAAAAGGAUUUUGGCCAAUCGUCAAUCCGCUGCUCGUUCCAAAGAACGAAAGAUGCGGUAUAUUGCAGAGUUGGAGCAGAAGGUCCAAACUCUACAGACUGAAGCAACUACAUUGUCUGCUCAGCUUACAUUAUUGCAGAGGGACUCUGCUGGGCUCACCAGUCAUAACAAUGAGCUGAAGUUUCGCCUACAAGCCAUGGAACAACAGGCACAACUCCGUGAUGCUCUGAACGAGGCCCUAACUGCGGAGGUUCAACGUUUGAAGCUCGUGACUUCAGAGCUGAGUGCAGAAUCUGCCAAGUUUCAGCAGCUUUCAAUUAAUCCCCAGAUGUUCCAGUUGCACCAGCAUCAGGCUUCCCAACUAAACAUACACCAGUUGCAGCAGCAGCAGCAGCAGCAGCAGCAACAGCAACAGCAACAGCAGUCUCAGCCACAGCAACAGAAUGGCAGCACGACGACGCAGCACAAGUCAAACCAAUCAGUUUGA